AUGGCGAAAACAUAUGACUACCUCUUCAAACUGCUGCUCAUAGGAGACAGCGGCGUCGGAAAGACAUGUCUGCUGUUCAGGUUCAGCGAGGACUCCUUCAACACCACCUUCAUAUCCACAAUAGGUAUUGACUUCAAGAUCAGAACCAUAGAGCUGGAAGGAAAAAGAGUCAAACUCCAGAUUUGGGACACUGCAGGACAGGAAAGGUUUCGCACCAUUACCACAGCAUACUACAGAGGCGCCAUGGGAAUUAUGUUGGUCUAUGACAUCAGCAACGAGAAGUCCUUCGACAACAUCAAAAACUGGAUCAGAAACAUUGAAGAGCACGCCUCAUCUGACGUGGAGAAAAUGAUCCUGGGUAACAAAUGCGACAUGACUGACAGGAGACAGGUGUCGAAGGACCGUGGUGAAAAACUGGCCAUCGAUUAUGGAGUGAAGUUCUUAGAAACUAGCGCCAAGUCUGGCUUUAAUGUAGAAGAGGCCUUUUAUACGAUUGCAAGGGACAUUUUAAACAAUCUGUGCUCAAAAACGACUGACAGCAGCGGCGGAGGAACAGGGAAACCGGUGAAGAUCACAGAUAAGAAGUCUAAGAGAAUUAAAUUCUUCAAGUGCUCUCUCCUCUAAGCUACAGACGGAUGGGCGUCACACCUCUUUCGUGACCUUGCUUGUCGUCGAGGACUUCCUCUCAGGCUCCGUCGCUGCAGCUGCACCAGUGCUGCUCUUGCACACACAGGGUCUUACUGCCAUCUGAGGUCACCUGUUCAUGGCGGUUGUGACGCUCCUGGCCUGUUCUGCUGAUCAGAAGACUUUCGACAGGGGCCCCUAGACUUUAUAUCUGCUCAUGCAAAAGACUUUUGCAGGCGUUUGUAGCUUUCCCUGCAGAAGGCAAACACUCUGCUGGAGUUUAUAAUAUGAAAAUGUAUCAGUUGCACACUAUUGUAUUAUUAUUUAACAUAUUGUAGCACCAUUUUUAUAUCAUAUGUACUACCUAGUAUAAGAAUUCCUAUGCCGAUGCUGUGAGAGAUCAUGUUCCAGCGUUGAUUGUGCCUGUCUGUUUGACGUUCAUGUAUGUAUUAAGCUUCUGGCCUUCUGUUGCACUGACAUUAGUUCUGCUGCUGAGGAAUGUUGUGAUAAAAUAGCUAAAAAAAAAAGCAAACAAGUGCAAAAUGUUGUAUUUUGAUAGUUUUUAUUCUUUUUUUUUUCUUAUAGAACCUACAUGUACACAGGUUUUUGGUGUUUAAAUGAAACUGUGAAAGGUGUUUAUUUCUUAGAACCAGGACUGAAUUUAUACUUUUUACAAGUGUGAUGUUUAUUGCAUGAAAGCGGUAGGGAGAUCCCUAUGGAGGCUCAAUACUAAGCACAGAGCAUCUGAAGAAAAAAAAAAGUUUACAGGUAGUAUUCGAAAAUGACGAGCGUAUAUGUAGAAUGUUGUUUUUUUUUUUUGCUAUUCACAUUGUGUAUGCAUGCCUUUUUUUAUUUUAUACUAAAGAGAAGAUGUGUGGUAGGUUUCCCUUAAAGUUCCUCUAAAUGAAAACACAACUGGGAAAAACUGUAAUGUGACUGGUAGACUGUAACUUCUAUCUUACACUCACUGAAAGCAGCAGCAGUAAAGAAAAAAAAAUCUUA